AUGCCUAAGGAAUUAAAGGAUUCAUGUCCAUCCACAGCGUCCUCAGCGUAUGUAUUAAUGCCCUAUUCCUUCCGAAACCCUUUCCACGACGCAUUACGUGAUGCCACCCGUUGGUUUCCAAUUGCCGGUAAAUGCAUUCGAAUUGAUCAAGCUUGGCAGAGCGAUGGACGAGGCGGCACAACAUUAGGAUUUGGCGCUUCAGUAUAUGACUCAGCCAUUGCAUUGUCGCUCUAUUUGGCUGCACAUCAAGAUCUGGUGAAAGGAAAACGGAUCAUUGAAUUAGGCUGCGGUCCGGGACUUGUCGGAAUCGUAGCUGCCCACUUGGAGCCCAGGAGCAUUGUCAUUACGGAUGGAGAUUCUGCAUCCGUUGCACUUACUCGACGGAAUAUGGAGGUAAACAACCUCUCGGAAGAGAUUUGUACUGCUGAGAAGUACCUUUGGGGUGAUCUGGAUCAUCACCUGGUCCCGAAGACUGGUGGUCAUAGUCAUUACGACGUAAUUUUAGGUGCCGAUAUUGUGGCAUGUCCUUAUGCUUCGGCAUUUGAGGCAUUGAUGAAGUCGCUCGGAGAACUGGCCGGGUCCGAGACGCUGGUGUUACUUGCUUACAAAAAGCGCCAGAAUGUGGAAGAGGAUUUCUUUGAGAGAUUCAAGAAGGCGUUCGAUAUUGAACCGAUCGACAAGUCCGAAUUGCAUCCGGAUUUUCAAGAAGGAAGUGACAUCCUGAUUUUUCAAGCACGCUUGAGAAAGUGA